AUGUCACAAGCCCCAUCUCACCCUCUAUCUCCGUCUUUUAAAGCCCCACUUCCAACUACCGCGGCGCUGCUUCGCGAUAAUGCCUUCAGCAUAGAACCCCCGACCCAGGACAAUCGCCGUCUUCCUCAAGGAACCAAUAUCGUGCCCACACAAACCCCCGAAUCGGCUCACGAGGCGGUCACAGGCUUAUCGCUACCUUCCUCGCCCUUGCGGUCGUUUCACCGGAAGUCGAUUAAUCAGCGAUCAAAGAAAGCGUUGUCGACCGACUGUAUACCGCGACAGACCAUUUUGAAAGCCCUGGCCUCCCGGGCUUCGGUCCUCAACAGUAACACCAACAUGUCGGCGAGUUCCGUGUCGAGUCCGCUCGCGAAUAAAUCCACCCAGGCUUCCCCGCCUUCUGACAACCUGCAACGGCGGGGGAGCAAUGGUUCCUCCCAUAACCUUUCUACCGCACUGUCAAAUCUUCAAUUGACGGGGUAUCUCGAUCGAUCACCUGCUACGGCGCGUCUCAUACUCCAAUCGCCAUGUUAUUUCCAUCAACGCUUCGACGAUGCCGUCAACAUUAAAAAGGUAUUGGAGGAAAUUGCUGAUGACGAGUGGCUGUCACAUUCGCGACUAGUUCAGACGGCAACCGGAGUCCGUGAAGUAUCUAAGCAAUUACAACGACGACCUAUCAAACGGGCGGUGCGAAAUGUCAUGAUUAUCACCAAGGCGCGUGAUAACAGCCUGGUGUACUUGACUCGGGAAGUUGCCGAGUGGCUGCUUUCGACCUCAAGAUACGGAAAUGAGCUAGGCGUCAAUGUUUAUGUAGAUGCGAAACUGCGCAAUUCGAAACGAUUCGAUGCUCCGGGGCUAUUACAAAAAGACCCGAUGUUUGCGCAGAUGUUACAUUUUUGGACACCGGAUCUGUGUUGGACAUCCCCAGAUAAAUUCGACUUGGUGUUGACGCUGGGUGGUGAUGGUACCGUUCUCUUCACAUCUUGGCUCUUUCAGCGCGUGGUUCCGCCGGUGCUCUGCUUUUCGCUGGGCAGCUUGGGCUUCCUCACAAAUUUCGAGUUUUCCGACUACAAGUCACAGCUGAACGCCGUGAUGGGCGAGGUGGGCAUGCGUGUCAACUUGCGCAUGCGGUUCACAUGUACUGUGUAUCGGAAAGACAGGAGCAAAGGAGCAGAGGCGGGCGCUGUCGAGGAGGGUGAACAAUUCGAAGUACUGAAUGAGCUCGUUAUUGACCGCGGCCCGUCCCCAUAUGUGUCCAACCUGGAGCUCUACGCCGAUGACGAGCUGCUUACAGUCGUCCAAGCAGACGGCUGUAUCUUCUCUACACCGACUGGUUCCACGGCAUACUCUCUAUCCGCCGGCGGUUCUCUCAUGCACCCAUCUAUCCCGGGUAUCCUCCUCACCCCUAUCUGUCCGCACACCCUCUCCUUCCGCCCAAUGGUCCUCUCGGACUCGCAUCUACUCCGUAUUGCAGUCCCUAAAUCCUCCCGGUCCACUGCUUACUGCUCCUUUGACGGCAAGGGCCGUGUCGAACUCCGCCAAGGCGACUACGUCACUGUCGAAGCUAGCCAGUAUCCAUUUCCAACGGUCGUUUCCAACAACAAUGAAUGGUUCACAAGUGUCCAACGUGCUCUGCGGUGGAACACUCGCGGUGCGGUCCAGAAAAGCUGGGAUGGUGGUGAUGCCGACGCGGAUUUGAACGGUGAUAUCAAUGAAGACGAACAGUGGGACAUCGAUAUGGACACUAUAAUCGCCGGUACAGACAGCGGCAUUGGUCCUAGUGAGGAUGGGGAUGACCUGUCGCCCAAUCCCAUGCGUCGACAAAUGAGCUUGCUCAGUAUGUGA